GUUUAGACUACGUACCCAGAGCAUUCAAGCAAUUUGCACCGCGCGCGAGGGGAUCUGGUGGGGAUCAGGCGAGGCAAGUGUUCCGAAUCGACACGCGCACCGCAGACGUCUUCUCGUUUCGUCUAUUUUCAGCUCCCCAGCGGCAUUGAUCAUAAGUGUCGAGUUCGGCGGCGAGCUGAGGAAAACCAUAUAGGGCGUUGCCAAUCUAUGCUAGAUGCAUGGCGGUACAUUUUGCAAGUAGAGGCUUGGUUAUGUAGGCCGGUACCGGUAGCGGACGCAUGCUUGCGCGCAGUCUGUUGCCACCACGACCAACAACCGUCCCGAAUCAGCGGUUACAUUGUGUCCGCGCGCUCGCGUAUCGCCGCCCUCUUUUCUUGCCGUUGUUCCUGGCUUCGGGCUCGACACUGUCCGCCACGGUUGCCUUCCAUCGCCAACGCUUGUUUAGCCGGUCUGGGCCUGGCGUAUUGUGCUCGGUUCUUGUCAGCUCCUCACCUCGGCAAUAGCGCCAGGCGACGCUCUUCUCUCAAGCACCCCCUCGUCACGUACGCAGCGCAGGUCUCUUGCGUCCACUAACUUCACGCCGCUCCUUGCCUCACUCUCGUCGCUCCUUACAACGCACCCGCGCGAUCGCACUUCGCCUCCACCUUUGAUACAACCGUCCCGAGUAGUAGAGGCUACGGUCCCCGCUGCUCCGGACGACAUCUCGCAUAGAAUACUGCACCCAAGUUGGCUCUCCGCAUCUUAUUGACCGCCUUCGCACAUGGCGGGUCUCUUCCGCCAAAAUACCCUAACAUCAUACCUCCUGACGCUGCUGUCAUGUCUCCUGCUGCUGCUCACUCAUGUCAAUAAUGUCUGUGCUUCCCCCGUCGCGAAGGAUCCGCCCCCCGUUAAUUAUGUGGAUCUCGCCGCGCACCAUUGGAAACGCGUCACGCCCAUCGUCGUCUCGUCCGAGGUCGGCGACAACGUGUCCGUUGUCAACCCAACGACGGACCAAGUCAUUCCGCAAGGUCCCGGGACGGAUGGCGGGGGAACAGACUUCUCGCUCACGGCGAUCAUCUGGCUCGCGUUCGUAUUCGUCAUAGGCAUCCCUCUCGCCCUCGCAGGCAUUCGUUUAUGGCGUUUCACCACGGGGAUGGGCGUCGGACUCGCUGUCGCCAUCUGUUUGUGGGCGGCGUUCGUAAAUACCGUGAGCUCAGACGGCCUAUCGGACAUCGUGCUGACGGUGAUUCCGGUUGGUGGAUUCGUUGUUGGGUUCGUAUUCGGCAUGCUCGACUUUGGACGGUGGGCCGGCAUCCUUCUCAUCGGUGUGCUUGGUGGGCUCUCGGUUGGCAUCCGGGUGGUCCUCCUGCGCCCGGGCUUGCUCAUUCACGCUUACCUCGUCAACUGGCUCGUCCUGGCGUUAUUCAUGAUCAUGGGGCUGAGCUUGAUACUAUCCAGACAGCACGUUGGCAUCUCUGGAUGCUGCGCCGCUAUCGGAACGUUCCUCAUCGGCCUUGGGAUCGACCUAAUCAUCGAGAAGCAGGACGGGAUGAGCUUUGCGCUUCGUUUCCUCCUCGAUCGCAACAACUCCCACUUCCUCGCGGUUGUGCACAAGGGCUAUAACCCUUCUAUGAUGACCCAGAUCAUUCUCGGCGUAACAUUAGGCGCUACUCCUGUCCUAGCAUUUGCACAACACAAGAUUUUCAAGGGACCUUUCCGACCUGAAAGGUCUCAGACCGACGCAGAUAUGGCGUCGCUGAUGGACACGGAAUCCGGCAUCGGUGCGCCUGAGAAGCCCGCGCGCGUAUCGCGCAUGCAGCUCCUCAAGAGCCGCUUCAGCAUGGCAUGAUCUUUUCCCCCUGAUACGUGCCUGCGCCCUCGUGCCGCCUCCAUGCAAACAUUCGAGUCCGUCCUUACCUGCGCUUGCUUGACUUCUUCGUCGCGCGCAGGACCCCACCUACUUCUACGGGUUCGCUGCACCUAUUAGCAUCUUCGGACACAGCAUUGGUAUUUGGGACAGGCGUUCACGCAGAUGGACUGACGGACGCCGUGGACUGGGACUCUUGUGCGUGUCACCUUCCACCGCACCGCUAUCGUAGUAGACGCAUCUAGUUAGUUAUUGCCCCGUCGUCGCUUUCGUUCGCACAUGUAUUGAUAUACCCUGCACCCGUUAGCAUCAUGCAGCAUACCUUUGCUCUUUCGCGCUUCGACUUCUUUUUGAAGCAUGCACAUGAUUGUAUCAGUAGUAGAAGAUAUCGGAUCAGGUUGAAGCAAUGCGAAUGCUUUGU